GACUCAGAGACAUCCAUUUAUAGGACGCACCGCUUGAGGUUCCUCGGCUUUUCUCUUCAAAUCAAGCGUUCCCCCACCACAACUGCUCUCGCUGGUCACGUUAUCUUUUUACUGAAAAUGAACAAUCUUAAAGCAAAAACCAACUUUGCAGAAGAGAUGGUAAACGCUUCAGUUGCUCUCCCGAAGCCAAUGUCCUGGCCACGGAGUGUUCGAACAUCGUGUGUACCUGAUUUCUUCAAUUUUCUUGGACAAAAUACUUCCCUUGGUAGAUUCUAUUGCGAGGGCAUCAUCAAACCGCCACAGUCUUAGGAAUUUUUCUUUUUCUACUUAUCAGUAGUCUUAUGGAAGUACGCUGACUCCAAGAGCUUGAAGAUGCGAUUCGUGCAAACAAAUGAAGGUAUGCAAUUUCAACGCACAAUACAGAAUGACACGACGGCUGACCAAGUUUGGAAAAAUGGAGAUAAAAUGUCAAAGGGAAGGCGACGAUAGCUGUAAGCGAUGCGUCGCUCGAAAGCUAUACUGUACCACAACACCAGUAGAGAGAAAGAAACGAAAACUGACGAAGUAGUCUUACCAAGAUAUCUCACUAGCAAAGAGAAUACUAACUGAAAAAAGCAAGAAAGACGCAUUUGAUGAGAUGGAAGACCGGAUUAAGCGCAUGGAGUCUGCCAUAAUUACGGCUGGACUGAUCGAGGUAAUCGAGCCGGAGGCAGAGAAGAGAGAAGAGGAGAGCUCCGAUAAAAUAGAAAUUCAGGCAGAACUGUCAAAUCAUCUCUCAAACUUAGUAAUUGAUGCUAAAGGGUCUCCAAACUUCAUUGGUAUAUGUGGAAUCACUUCUAAUUUCCUCGGUGUUUCUGACAAUGAUGAUUAG